AUGGCUUGUGCUAUAUCAAAUACAUGUUCAGUACCAUUAUUAGCAGUUCGUGGUCCAGGUGCUGUUCAAUUAGUAACAAGUCCAGCUGAUGAAGCUGAUAUUAGCAAAGUUGUAGUUUUUGAUGUUGAAAAUUGUCGUUUAACAUGUUUUAGUCGAAGUGGUCAUCAAUUUGUUAUUGCUAAUAAAGACAAUAUUCAAGUUUAUUGUUGUAAUACACGUCAAGUUUUAUAUGAAUUACCAAAACGAAGAAUAAAUGCUUUAGAAUAUAGUCCACAAGAUACAUAUUUAUUAUUAUUUGAACCAUUUACGACUGUAGCUGGUGAAGAUGAAAAAUCAAAUUUAUAUAUUUAUAAAUCAAUUAAUGGAGAAUUAAUGGCAUCUUAUGUUCAAAAAAAACAAAAUGAAUGGGCACCGAUUUGGUCCAAUGAUGAAGCUAUAUUUGGUCGUAUACAAACAAAUCAAGUAUGGUUUUAUGAAGUACCAAAUUUUGAACGUUAUGUUAAUCGACUACAUAUUGAGGGUUUACAAAUAUUUAGUUUAGGUAAGAGUAAUGCACCAUAUACAAUAGCAAGUUAUAUCAAAGGUAAAAAGGGUAUACCAGAUUCUGUUCGAUUAUUUACUUAUCCCAAUUUAAAAACAACUAUUGCAAGCAAAAGUUUUUUUAAUUUUGAUCAUGUUAAUAUGAAAUGGAAUUAUAAAGGAACAGCAUUACUUGUACUUUGUAGUUCAGAUAUGUCAGAAAAUAGUUAUUAUGGUGAUACAAUGCUUCAACAUCUUAAUCGAAAUGGUGAUAGUAGUAAUGUUCAAUUAAGUAAAGCAGGUCCUAUUUAUAGUAUGGAAUGGUCACCAAUUGCAGAUGAAUUUUGUGUUGUUUAUGGAUUCAUGCCAUCAAAAGCAACAAUAUUUAAUUCUAAAUGUGAUGUUGCAUGGGAACUUAGUUCAGGAGCAAAAAAUGCUGCAUAUUAUAGUUUUGAUGGUUUACAUAUUGCUCUUUGUGGUUUUGGAAAUGUUGCAGGAAAUAUUGAAGUUUGGAAUAUGAAAGAUCGUAAACGUCUAUCACAAAUUGAAGCACUCGAUACAACACAUUUUCAAUGGUGUUAUGAUAAUUUUCAUUUUAUUACAGCUACUACGGCACCACGUUUACGAGUAAAAAAUGGUUUUAAAGUCUGGCGUUUAACUGGUGAACUUAUUUAUGAAUAUAAAACAAGUGAAAAUCAAGAAUUAUGGCAAGUUUUAUGGCAACCUGGAACAUAUACUCGUGGUCAACGAGCAGCAAUUAGAUCUGACGAUGGUUCUGCACCAGGAAAACCGAAAGCAGCAGCUGCUUAUAGACCACCACAUCUUCGACAAACAACUCGACAAGUUCCUAAAUUACAUGAAGAUGUACCAGUAAAACCAGCGACACAACAAACGCCACGUGUACCGAAACCUGGUGGUGUUGAAGAAUUAUUUACUGGUGAUCUUGAAAAGGAUAAAAAAAUUAAACAAACACAUAAAAAAUUACAACAAAUUAAAGGUCUUAAAGAACGAUUAGCAAAUGGUGAUAAACUUGAAGUUGAUCAAUUAGAAAAAAUAAAACGUGAAAAUGAAUUAAUAGAAGAAAUGGAAAAUUUAAGACUUUAA